AUGCAAUCUUCUUUGUCUUCUCAUGGAGCACACCAGAUGGCCCUUCUGUGCUCCAGCCUUCUCUCUGAGAAUUCCUCUCUUCUUCCCUUUCUUCUCCCAUACCACUCUUGGUCCAACUUUUUGUUCCUGUGCAAAACAGCUCACACUUAUUCUGUUGUUUUAUCCGUCUUGCUUCUCUCCUCUCCCCCCCUCAGCAUGGAAUCUUCUUUUUCUUCUCGUCGUCGAGGACACCAGAUGGCCCGUCUGCGUGUACCUAAAUUUCCCUUUCUUUUUACUUCCUCAUCAGUCAACACACGAUCGCCCACCAACUGUGAGACCUUGGCCUCCCAUGCUUAG